AUGGCUGAGUCCUAUUGGGCCGCCGCGGGUCCAUCGCGACCUACUACAUCCAGCUUUGUCGCUGAUCCCGCUACUCUACCCGUCAAAAAGAAGAGGGGCCGCUUCUCGGAUGGCAACAAGCGGGGCGCAACUAUACCCGCCAUCGUCAAUCCCCCUUCCCCGGAGCUCGUUCCAAGACACUCCUCGAGUGCAAGCUGUUGGGGCAUCGAGGACCUGUCCGACUCGGACGGCGACUACGAUUGGCCCGCUCCCUCUCCAGCUGCUGCCAUUCUACAGCCCAACGCGAGUCCAGAUCUGGAUCGUGAUGAGCUUGCCAAGUUCGCCAGGCCGUCGAAGCGAGCACACCUUGAAACACCGGAAGACCGGCAUACCUAUGGCAAACUAGCUGGGCUUCAGAUCGACCCUACAGCACUCGCAACUUCUGCACCCAACCAGCCCUCAUUCGGACGUCCGCACGGAGUCAGAUCCAACAGCGGCCUCGCUGGUGCUUUUGGCCUCAGCGCUUCCUUGGCGUCCGCAUUUGGUAACAACACCGAUGGCCUCACAUCUUCGCCGAGAGUGCCCCCGUCCAGUCCGACAAAAACCAUCGCAGCCCCGUCCUCGUUCACAAGCUCAGCAUCGACCAUCUACCAGCAGGCCGUGGCACCAGUACCUCCGACAUCACCUAGCAUGGCAGACAGAGGCAUUGCUCCACCCAGCUCUCCACUGCAUGCGUACAGCUUCGAUGCUUUCGCUUCAGCAACGGGCAGGUCGACAUCAGCAUCGACGUCGAACGACAUGCAAGACAGCGACAUGAGGUUGCGCAGGGGCCUUCCAUCGAGCUACGAAGUGGAGCCGGAUCGCAUCGUCGUCACCAGUCUCGACGAUACGUCAUCGUCCGAAAAUGGAGAAUCGACCGAGGUGGAAGGCGGACAAAAGACGCCCGACGCAGACACAUCGACCGAGAGCAAAGACAGUGCCUCUGAGUUUGUCAUCAACAACGAGCUCAUGGAGAAGCUCGAAGCACACAGCAGAGCUGUACUCACGGGCACCUCAGAUCGAGACAAUGCCGCUUCAAAUUCUCGCUCCGGCGGUAGUGCAUCUGGCUCGACGAGCCGAUCGCGACGUUCGGGCAGGAGAUCCGGUGGUGCUGCAGCACCUGGCUUGGGAUCACUGCUGAGCAGCCGACGUCGCUCGGCGCAGUCGAGUCCUGGAUCGUCGGGCUACGCUUCGCCUAUCAAUGCCGAGGAAGCGCGAGGUGCGCUUAUUCUGUGGAAGGAUCCAGAAGAGGUGCUCAAGAGUACAGCGGCGUCGGCAUCGUCUCCACUCAAGCAGAGCGAUCUGACAACGGUGCCAGAGACUGAACCAUCGUCUUCGAGCUUUAUGAGCCAGCCGCCCGUCUCUUUUCAGUCGACAACAAGGUCUACACAUCCUGCGAACAACAGUACCGGCGCGUUUGGCUUUACAGCGUCCACGAUUCCGGGCAUGGCGGCUACAACAUCGCCUUCGCACGUCGCCGAAAUUCCGCUCUAUGCACAACAAUCAUCGCUGUCGAGCUCGUACUUUCCCGAGCCUUCGACACUCCAGACUCGCUUUGCCGAUCAGUCGACUCAGCACACCCCUACAGCAUUUGAGUCGAAACCUGUCAGUCAAGCCAUGGCUCCACGCUCACAUCACGACUAUGGUGCGUUUGGACACGCCAACCAUGCACCUGCAUUGUCAACCAAUGUCGGCACGAUUAACUCAUUUCAGCAUCCAUACCUGCAACAGCAACAGCAGCAGCAGUCAUCUGGGUAUCACUAUAGCUCGCAUCCUCAGGCGACCUCACAGGCAGUCCCGCCGACACAUCGAACGUCCCAUGCCCAUACUUUCGGAGCGCAACCGAUCGAUCUGUCGGGUCACUUUGGUCCGGCCGAGGAGAUGGACCUCGACAGCUGA